UCUUUUUUCGCUCUCGACUCUCUCUCUCUCUCUCUCUCUCUCUCUCUCUCUCUCUUUCCUCGUCUCCUUGAUUCUCAAAUUUCUUCCUUGUUGGCUUUCUAGAGAAAGAACCAGAGGCUCUUGGUAAGUGUUGCUCGACUGGCGGUGCUCUGAUAUGAUAGGGAUUCUUGGAGGACAUCGGGAAGUUGUGUGUUGGCUUUGCUUGAACAGUUGGAUAAGUUUCCUGGGAUCGGAUGUGUGGUAUGUGUUGUUAUUGUGGAGCAACAUUGACAAUGUCAAAUGAAUCCAGGCAGAUGCAUGAAAAUUUGAAUUCUAUCAAAUCAAAUGGAAUAGAUCCUGUUUUGUCAUGUAAACUUUAUGGGGAAAAGCAAGAGAAAGAACCAACAAAGCAGAAUGGUUUAACUCCAUGUUCAAUGCCAUUGAUCAGCCCUGCUCCUUCACUGACUAGCAGUGACCGUACCAUCUCAAGCUGCAGUGAUUUCUCAGUUGAUGCUUACUCAUAUGGCAGGGUUUAUCAAGAUGAAGGGAGCUCAGACAGUGGCAGAGAUGAUCUCAACUCUAGGCCAAAUGGGCAUCUCCAAAACUUAAGCUUGCCGGUUCAUAUAAAUGGAACUCAAUCCAACAUGGUGGAAAAAGAUAACUUGGAGAUGAGCAGCAGUGUAGAGAAUAAGGGCCCUAUAUCUGGAGAUGCAGAAAUUGUAGGGAAUGGUGACAUGCAACAAGCAAAAGAUAAUGGUUAUGAAAGUGAUGGUUUAGAUAAUAAUGAGCAAACUGGGAUGGCUUGUACUUAUAGGGAUGAACUGGAUGCUCUAGUAUGGGUACCCCCAGAAGCAGAAGAUCAAGAGUAUGACGUGGAGGGUAGCGUGGUCAAUUAUGAUGAUGAUGACGAUGAUGAGUGUGGUGAUGGCACAAAGUGGGGCAAGCCAAGUUCCUUAAGUAGCACCGGAGAUGAAGGCAGCGGGAGCAACAGGUUCAGAGAGGAAAAGCAGAAGGCAAUGGACGAAGUGAUGAAUGGCAAGUUCAAAGCCCUUGUUGGGCAGCUUCUGAGAUCUGUAGGAGUUUCCUCUACAGGGGAAGAUGGUGGCAGUUGGGUGGAUAUCGUUACUUCUUUAUCGUGGGAAGCUGCUUUGUUUGUGAAGCCUGAUGCAAUUGAGGGAAAAGCAAUGGAUCCUGAUGGCUAUGUGAAGAUCAAGUGUGUUGCAACUGGAUCUCGUAAAGAAAGUCAAGUGAUUAGAGGUGUAGUCUUCAAAAAGCAUGCAGCACACAAGCAUAUGCCAACCGACUACAAGAAUCCCAGAUUGUUGUUGAUCCAAGGUGCACUUGGCCUUUCUUCAAGCAGGCUGUCAUCAUUUGAAUCAAUACAGCAGGAGAAGGACAGCCUGAGGUUCAUCAUGGAGAUGAUAGAAAAGUGCCAUCCAAAUGUGGUUUUAGUGGAGAAAACUGUUUCACGUGAUAUUCAAGAGUCUAUUCUUGCAAAAGGAAUGACACUGGUCUUUGACAUGAAACUCCAUCGUUUAGAAAGAGUUGCUCGCUGUACUGGUUCACAGAUCUUAUCUACUGAUGUAUUGGCUGGCCAAAAACUUAAACGUUGUGAAUCCUUUCACUUCAAAAAAUUCAUAGAGGAGCACAAUGGUUCUGUUGAUGGAGGGAAGUGGCCAAGUAAAACGUUGAUGUUCAUCGAGGGCUGCCCUACACGUCUGGGUUGUACAAUUUUGCUCAAGGGAACUCACAGCCAUGAAUUGAAGAGGAUUAAAUGUGUAGUCCAGUGUGCAGUUGUUAUGGCAUAUCAUUUAAUCUUAGAGACUUCUUUCCUUCUAGAUCAAAGAGCAAUGUUCUCUACUAUUCCCUUUAAUGGAGCAUCAAUUGUAACACCGACUGGUCAACAAUCUCCAUCUGUUGAAUCAAUGAAUUCAAAAAUCUAUUGUGUCAAGGAGCCCCAUGCAGAAACAGAUUGCUCCAGUGCAGUUGAUGUUCCUAUAUCUAAUGGAUUCCAUGAAGAAGGGUCUCACAACUUAGACCUGGUAUCUGAAGGACACUAUCCAUUUUCGUAUGAGCCAUACAAUCCAGUUGUUCUUUCUGGGUUGUCAUCCCUUUCAGCCUCUCUAAAGAAAGUUAUUGGUGAGAAUUUCCCUCUUUUCUCCUCAUCGUCUCGGCAGUCCAUGUCCACAUACCUUGGAAGUAAUGAGGACCCUGACGGUCAGCUCCCAGCUGUCCUCCAUGUUUCAACAUCUCCAGAGACUUUUGAGCAUUCUGAUGUGGAAGUGAAGGGUAGCUCUGAUGAGGACAAGGCAUCUGAUCAUGGACAAUUCAAUUCUAUGUCAGCUUGUUGUGAAUCCCCUCCAGAUAACGAAAAAUCUGGUUCAAAUUUUGAAGACCAAAAGAAAAAUAAGGAUGACAUCAAUGCUGUUUUGGAUUCGGAAAGUAUUUUGGUUUUGAUGUCUAGCCGGAAUGCCUCAAGUGGGACUAUUUGUGAGCAAAGUCAUCUUUCUCAUAUCAAGUUCUACCGCAACUUUGAUGUUCCUCUUGGCAAAUUUUUGCAAGAUAAUUUGCUUAACCAGGGCCUUCAGUGUGCCAAAUGCAACGAACCACCAGAAGCUCAUUUUUACUACUAUGCACAUCAUAAUAAGCAGCUUACCAUCCAAGUUAAACGACUUCCUGGAAAUGGGCGUUUACCUGGUGAAGCUGAAGGGAAGCUUUGGAUGUGGAGUCGUUGUGGUAAAUGUAAAUCCCGCUAUGGGAACACAAGAUCUACUAAAAGAGUGUUGAUAUCGACUGCUGCUCGUGGUUUAUCCUUUGGGAAGUUUUUGGAGCUCAGCUUUUCAAAUCAGUCUUUAUUCAAUAAACUAUCUACCUGUGGCCAUUCUUUUCAGAAGGACUUCCUUUACUUCUUUGGAUUAGGCCCCAUGAUUGCCAUGUUGAAACACUCUCCAGUUGCAACUUAUUCGGUGUCUUUGCCCCCUCAGAGACUGGAGUUCACUAAUUCAAUUAGAAGCGAGUUGCUUAAGAGAGAAACAGAAAUUGUUUACACAAAAGGAAUGAAUCUAUUCAAGGAAGUCGCAAAAUUUUUGGAAGAGAUUGCCUCUCAAUUUUCAGGUUCAAGCCUGAACCUGAGUGGAACACCAAAGGAAUUCUCAGACAUUGAAGAGAUGCUAAAGCAGGAAAGAAAUCAAUUUGAGGUCAACAUUCAGAAUGCUGUUGUCAAGAUUGGGAACCCAGAUGAGGCAGCGUACAGACUUCUGCGUUUAAACCAAUUACUGUGUGAUCUUCUGGUCGAAUCAUGCAUUUGGGAUCAGCGUCUAAAAUCACUGCUCUCUUCAGAUUCUAAAGUGAUCAGAACUAGAAACACUGAAAAAGUUGUGCAAGUAAAGGAGGAAAAUGCUGCUGUAGAAACUGAAGAAACAACAAAUUCUUCUAAUGGUGGAAAUAAAUUAUUUGACGAUAGUGUCAAUACAAUAAAUGAGGAAGAAUCUGGUGGGUUAAAGGAAUUUCCAACUCAAGAAAUUGUCAUUGAAGGAUCUAUAGAACAAGAUGAAUCAAACAACUCACCUGUUGUUGCUGAAGAUACUAAGCAAUCAGAUUCAUCUGGCCAUCUACCUACACAAUCUUGUAGUGGUGAUGAUAAUUUUCAAGAGCAGAAUCUUCCUUUGCUUGAUGAUAUCAAAGUGGAUAGGACUAUUCCAAUUACUACAGGCCUUGGAACUGGUGUUCAGGAUUUAAAGGUGUCUCAAAGAGGUUCUUAUUUUCCACCCAACUCGGAAAAUUUGAAGACGGGAGUUUGGGAUUCAUUUGCAGAAAUUCGGAAGGAGUAUCUGAAGGAGCUUCAGAGAGGUUAUGAGCCAAAAUACGAGUCUAUAUGUAGCUAUACCUUAGAGGGCUUCCCUAAUGCUCUUGGACUAAUCGCGGAGGAGGGCUCAAGAUUGCAUAUACCUGUUGGUACUGAUGAAUACAUUGUCUCAGACCAUGAGAAUGAAUUCUCAAGCAUUAUUGCUUGUGCUCUAGCAUUAUUGAAGGACCUAUCUGUGCCAAAGGAUGUUUUGAGUGAUGAUGCAAGGAGAGAUAAAGUAACAGUGGCUAAAAUGUAUGAAAGUUCAAAUAGCCUAACACGGAUAUCCUCUUUGAUUUCCCCGCAAUGGUCUUCAAAUGGUUCUUCAGAUUCAGAUGGAACUCAUUCUCCUCCCACUUUAGAAGAGUCACGUUUAUCCAGUUUUGAUGGGCUGAAUUUGUUGGACUCCUUAGUCUCCUUGGGGGCUCUUCAUCCAGCAGUGCCUAUGGGUUCUGGAAAGUUAUCUGGAAAGUCUAAAUACUCUGUGCUUUGUCUAUAUGCCAACCAAUUCCUUGAGCUCAGAAGCCGAUGUUGUCCAUCAGAGCUUGACUAUAUUGGUUCCCUUAGCCGUUGUAGAAAUUGGGAUGCUAAAGGUGGGAAGAGUAAGUCGUUCUUUGCUAAAACUCUUGAUGAGCGCUUCAUUAUAAAGGAAAUUAAGAAGACAGAAUUUGAGUCGUUUAUGAAGUUUGCUCCUGACUAUUUUAGAUACAUGAAUGAGUGCUUUGAGCAAGGGAACCAAACCUGUCUUGCAAAAAUUCUUGGUAUUUAUCAGGUAACCAUUAGACAGACAAAGAAUGGGAAAGAAGUGAAACAUGACCUUAUGGUGAUGGAGAACCUUUCUUUUGGUCGAGCUAUUACUCGGCAGUAUGAUCUUAAAGGUGCUUUGCAUGCUCGAUUCAAUUCAGCAGCUGAUGGUUCAGGAGAUGUUCUUCUGGACCAAAACUUUGUCAAUGACAUGAAUGCCUCUCCUUUAUAUGUUGGCACAAAAUCCAAGCGUGUUUUGCAACGUGCAGUCUGGAAUGACACAACUUUUCUCAAUUCAAUCAAUGUGAUGGAUUAUUCUCUACUUGUGGGAGUGGAUACUCAGCGGCGUGAACUUGUCUGUGGAAUAAUCGAUUACCUCAGGCAGUAUACUUGGGACAAGCAACUCGAGACCUGGGUCAAGGCCUCCCUUGUUGUUCCUAGGAACCAGUUGCCAACUGUCAUCUCCCCGCGAGAGUACAAGAAGCGAUUUAGGAAGUUCAUCACUACCUACUUCUUGAGUGUCCCGGACCGUUGGUGCUCACAGAGGUCCUCUAACCCCUGCAAGCUUUGUGGCACAGGCGAGGAUGAUUCAUCUGAUGCUUAACCUCGAGAGCAAGGGGAGCCAAAUGCUUCAUCUAGGUGAGUUUUGUUUGUUUCCUGUGUACCCAAGUGUGUCUACCAUUAGUUUUCAGUACUGGAAAUACUGUACAUAGUCGGCGUAGCAGUAUAUACUGCAAUUCCCCACUGAUUCAGCAAUUUUAAUGAAUUUCUGGGGGGAAGUUAUUGUGUGUAUAGGUCACAGUCCAGCCUUUCAUUUCAAUUUAGUGCAUAUAAUUUUGUAGAGUUUUAUAGAGUUACUGUAGAAAGUUGCGAUAAUGCAAUAGAAAUGGUUAUUUUGCGUUGAUCAAAUCACCUGGUGGGAUUAAGACUCGAGAUUGUUGUUGUUAGAAGAAAGCUGUGAUUAGCAUUACUAGGUGCCUUUGGCAUAGCAUGCAGGUUGUUUUGAACCAUUUUUAUUCCGUGAUU